GAAGAAAAAGAAGAAUUUGUGAUUUUGUCAUUUUUUGUCGUCAGCUUGCAAAAAAAAAAAGGAAUUACUAAAAAUUUCUUUUAAUUUAUUGCAAAUUCUUUCAAAAUUUUUUUAAUCCUACUAAAGUCGUAUAAAGUCAUAUACCUAACGCCUUUGACUACACAAAUACAUCUAAUAGCAAGGAAAAAGACGAGAUGAAUCCUUGUACGGUCGCCACCCAAAGAAAAGACAAUGAAGGCGAUGAUAGAUGGCUAAGCAUACACAAACGAUUUAUUUCGGAAUGUCGUGAAAAGGACCCUGAUGUAAUAUUCUUAGGUGACUGCAUAUUGGAAACAUUGCAGGAUACGGAAACAUGGCAUGAUUAUUUUGCACCUAUGCACUGCCUUAACUUUAGCAUACGUGGAGAUCGCUGCGAGAAUGUGUUGUGGCGCGUAGAGAACGGUGAAUUAGAUAAUGUUAAACCAAAAAUUGUAGUCUUACAUGUUGGCACUAAUAAUGUGGACAAUAAACCGGAAGAAAUUGCUGAUGGUAUAUAUGAGAUAAUACAGAGAAUACGUUCAAAAUUACCCGAUGCUUAUAUCGUCUUACCUUCUUUACUACCUCGUGGUCACCAACCGAAUAAAUUACGUGAUAAAAAUGCUCAAGUCAAUAGUCUUAUUAAAGAAAAAGUUGUGGGUCUCAAUCGUGUACAAACCGUGGACAUUGCAAAAGGUCUAGUGCAGAUGGACGAUUCAAUUAGUCAUCAUGACAUGUUCGAUUAUAAGAAUCUUACAAAUACAGGAGCCAAAAAGGUCUUUGAACCGGUACAUGACUUGUUGUCUCAAAUACUCAAUGAAAAUGAACAGGAACGCGAUCUCACACCAUCUGAAUAGUUGGGUUAAUAGUUUGUCCCUUCUCAACAAGUUACUUCCGUUUCAACACAUUGUAACUAUUAUAAUUACGUUCACAUGCAGCACCAUUUUAUAUAACAAUUAUUAUUUCUAUUUUAUCAGUCAUUUUGCUAUAUAUUAUGAUAAUUAUGAAAAGAAUCCAUUUUAAGAUUUUUUCCAACACAUCCCAUAUUUUAUUAUACAUAUUAUAAAAAAAAACAAAGUUUCCUUAUGCUAAAAUUUGCUUUGCAAAUUUAUAUUUACAAUUUUAAUUACUAUACUAUUUAAGUUUACUAUUAUUUAAAGAAACCAUGAAUGAUAAUUCCAUUUCUCGAACCAUUUCAGCAUUUUGAAUUUAAAAGUCUGUUUAGCUUUUUCUUUUUUUAUUAAAUUAAUGUACGUACUUCAAACAUUUUCAUUUUUAGCUUUAACCAAAUUAGUUUAAGCUGUAAAACAUGUUGAUGGUAAUGUAAUGAUGAUUGGUAUUUGAAAACAUGAUGUUAUUUCGAAUUAAAAAAAGAAACUAAUUCUUACAAUAGAAGUUAUUAUAUAUGUGUAUUCCAUUCCAAAGUAAUAUAUAUUUUUUAGGUAUUUUUUAUUUAAAUUUACUUUAGUAAUUUAGAUUGCAAAAAUUUGUAUCAGUCAUUUUUAAAUAAACAUACAUACAUUCACCAUAGAUAGAAACGAUUAUCUGUGUUUGAAAAUCAUUAAACAAGCAGAAACUAUAAAAAAGAGAAGAGCAAUUGUCUAAACAUUAAUGGAAAUAAAUAUAACUUUUUUUAUUGCAAAACUCA